AUGGAGAAGAUGAAUAAUAGACUGGGCCCUGCUUGGAGCACCAAUUGUUUGAGGUCGUUGGAUGUGGUCGGGGUCAGGGUUUUUCAGGUGGACUCGGACAGGCCAAGGGGAAAGCGUUCCUUGGAGCUGACGACUUUUAUACGCUCAAAGGUGACGAAGGAACUCGAGCGGCGACGAGAUUCCUACACACGUUCUUCACCCAUUCGCACGUUGAUAGGCCAUUCACUCCUUAGCCAGCUUAUAUCGGCAUUCAAAUAUCUCAAAAUUAUAAAAAAUGACGAUCGAUCACUAGAAUUCUCCGAGUUCGGGAGUCUCCGCAAAAAAUUUGCCAGUAUCAUAGUCAACAAUCAAAACCACCUACUACUAUCAAGGUUACUGCUACUUCUAGAUGAAUCCACGCAGUCCAGCCAAACCCUGCACUCGCCACGUCCCUCCCGCGUUCAACGUUUCUCCUCUUUUCUGAAAAAGUCAAAUCUGGCGGCAAUUUGGGGUCGCAGACGAGCUUUAAUCUCAAUCAUGUCGACCGCACCGUCAGCCGCAUCGUCAUUGCCAGCUGCUCCUGAAAUCCCAGUGGGCUUCUAUGGGUCUCUCAAAUCAUGGCUAGCAUCCGGUCAUAAAGAGGCUGAAGUUGCAGAGGAACGUUUGCUACGUCGUCUGUCGACGUUCCGGUCCAAGAAUGAGCAAGACGUGUCGACCCCUUCUACCGCCAACGCUCGCAUCUCACAAGUCCCAUUAUCCAACGGCAAAUCAAGAUACAUUAACAUGUUAUCUAUCCUCCCCACCACCCCUGCGUACCCGCUUCCUGCUUCCAAGGGCCCCGCCAUCUCAUCUUCGGCCGCACCCGCUCCUUCCUCUCCAUCAUCGUCCCUCACCAAUGACAAUUCUCGUAGCGAAGCCCCCCCGACGACCGUCAUCUUACACGGCUAUGGUGCUGGUCUCGGCUUUUUCUCGCUCAAUCUCGAAGCCCUCUCGUCCUGGGUCUCCAAACGGGGCCUACCCGUCUACCUGCUGGACUGGCUAGGCAUGGGCCGGAGCGCACGUCCGACCUUCAAAGUAUCCGCAAAGCCCGCAGACACUAUCGCACGUGUCGACCAGGCCGAGUCCUUUUUCCUCGAUGCUCUGGAAGAGUGGCGGGGGACGAUGGGCAUCAACAAGAUGACCCUCGUUGGCCACUCGCUCGGCGCCUACCUCGUCACCGCCUACGCACUCAAGUACCCGCAGCAUGUCAGCCGGCUCGUUCUCCUCAGCCCCGCGGGGGUUCCAGCGGGGCCAAACACGACCGUGCCAGCUGCAGAACUCACCCGAUCGAGGACGCAUCCAGAGGGUAGUGAGGUCACCCAACCACCACGCGAACUCAAGAAUCCAAACUCAAAAGACGUAUCGGGUAUCAAACAAGAGCAAGUAAGGGAAAUCGAGGAGCAAAAAGAGCAAAAAGAGCCCUGGACGAGGAGAUUGGUGAGUGAUCGUCCGUUUCGUUUCGUCCGCGCACGUGAUGAGAUCUGA